GGUUAUUUAGAAAAUAUUAUGGCUGGUGUGAGAGCAAUGGUGGAUUUGGGUAUAGAUCAUGUACCAAAUGAAUAUUUGACAUCCAUAUGCAAAGGCAUAACCAUCAAAGCUCCAAACAACCUCCCAAUUAUUGACUUAAGUGGCAUAGAUAGUGAUGAUUUGAAAAGAAAAUCAGCAGCUGAAGCAAUUCAUCUAGCAUGCCAGAAAUGGGGCUUUUUCCAGCACUGUCAGCCAGCAGUUCACGAGGAUGAUGUACCAGAAAGUAUUCCAAAUUACAGAAAACUAUUGCGAAUUAUUGCUCAAAACCUUGGUCUAGAUUGGCAGAUCCUGGAGAAACACUUGGAUCCUCCCAAGCAAACCAUGAAGAUGACAUAUUAUCCACAGUGUCCAUGCCCUGAUCAAGCAAUUGGUAUAGGUUGUCAUGCUGAUCCAGGAACCAUAACGGUAUUACAACAAGAACUUGGAGUUGAGGGCCUUGAGGUUAACUACAAUGGCCAAUGGAUUCCUGUGAAGCCAGUUGAAGGCGCAUUAGUCAUUAAUGUAGCAGACAUGCUCCAGAUACUAAGCAACAAUAAAUAUAAGAGUGCGGAGCAUCGAGUUCUAGUGAACACUAAGAGGCCACGAGUUUCAAUUGCUUCAUUUUAUGGUCCUACAGAUGAUAAACAUAUUGCCCCACUGGAGGAGUUGCUAGGUGACAAUCCUCCCGUGUUCAAAGCAUGCUUGUUCAGAGAGUACAUGGACAACUUCUACAAGAACCACCUUGGGACGCGAAACAUUGAGACGCUCAGAAUCCUAAACAACUGA